CAUGCCGCGAGAAACGGGGCGGUAUUAUUUUAUUGAUUCCUCUCACCCCAAACUCACCCUCGAUGUCCGCGACGAUCCCAACAUAACUAUUAUAACUUGUAAGCAAAAACAUAGAUGUGAAACAAUAAGUAAAUACAGAAAUGGAUACAAAUGCUAUGACUACGUCAGGUUUGCUCGAAUGGGAGUUUUCGCUGCCAUCCGAUCAGAUUAUAUCGCAUGGCUGGUAUCAUGGAGCGCUGAGUCGUACAGCAGCGGAGAAUCUACUACAACAGGACCGAGAGUUCUUAGUAAGGGACUCCUCCUCGCAACCAGAUAACUAUGUGCUGAGCUGCCGUUCCAAUGGACAACAUCUUCAUUUUGUUAUACAACGGAUUGUCGUGCAUCCAGAGACGGUUUAUGAGAGAUAUCAGUAUCAGUUUGAGGAUGAAGCAUAUGAUACCGUUGCGGACCUUAUAACUUCCUAUGUAGGUUCGGGAAAACCGAUAUCAGCUGCUUCAGGCGCCAGAAUUCAAUACCCCGCCAAUCGAAUCGUGCCUCUUACUAAUUAUAUCCCAAAUGACGACAUUAAUUCUGUUAUCUCACCAAUCGGCGAUGGUUCCGGUUCUUAUAGUUUGUAUAGCCAUUUUGCAGCCAAACCGGGAAUACAACUACGAGUACCCUUUAAAAAGCAAAGAUCGCAUUCCCUAACACCCAUUGACAUUGGUCAACAUAACAAUCAUGGGAAAAGCGCGAGUGCUGAUGGCGUAAUUCAAAGUCAAGGUAACAAACACAUGAAAAACUUUUCUGGCGAUUCCAAUUCCGGUUCUAACACAUGGGAUGCAAAUUUACCGACAAGCCCGCCUGCAAAGCCUGCGCGCUACGAAGGUCCAAAAGCAGAUGAUCGACGCUUAGAAUUGCAGAGACUUUACCACGUUUCGGGAUCAGACUCUGGCAACGGCUCUGGUGACUCUACACAGAGUUCAGCUCACAGUGAUCCUAAUAAGUCAAGGAUAGAUUCCGAUUAUAAUUUGGUGACUCCUACUAUCAAACAACAGUUCGAUUAUGAUUUGACAGAGGCCAGAUUAUUACAAUCAGAAAAUUUGGAUUAUGUUGUAGAUUCACGUAUAAAUUUAGAAAAUUUUCAGUCACAAAUUAUACAAAUGGGUUUAACAAAGCCUUUAGAAUCGGAAACCUUGCAUACAAUUAAACUUCUACUUCGCACUUCGGGCCCACGUAUUUUGGCGAAUCACAUGACAAAAGUAGAUUUGCAUUUUUUAUUAGACGAUGCCAUACAAUUAGAAGGUAUCGACAGAACAGCUUCGGGUUUGGAACUGUGUUUCCUUCCUCAAGGAAGACCGUUACGAUUAGAUGUUAUUGAAAGGAUUGAAACCUACAGACUUCUUAUAGCAGUGACUAUUCUAACAUGUCAAACCGAUCGACAACGAGCUGAUACUAUCAAUGAUUGGAUUCUCCUGGCUGUGGAAACGAAGACAGCUCUUGGAAACCUUUACGGUUUCUCUGCGAUCAUGUUUGGAUUAUGCAUGCCACAGGUAGAGUGCUUAGAAAACGCAUGGAACAUUCUAAGACGUGUAUACACCGACAACGCGUUUAUGUUUGAAGCAAAACUUCGUCCAUGCUUUAAAAGCAUGAAUGAGGGAACAAAUCCUUUACCUCCUAACACAACGACCCCUUAUGUCCUGCCACCGGUACUGUGCUUCCAUUUAUUUGAUGGUGAAAGCGGAGGUCUUAUGCCGCCAGACGAUUCAUUUCCCACCAGUCUUAUGAACACACUCGAAUUUGAUUUCAACGCUACAGCGGCGCAUUUAGAAGCUGCACGCCAUUUUCCUGACCAGGUUGACAUGUUCAAACGUAAUGCUCGAACUGUGGUUCAAGAGAUGUCCUCUUUAGGAUCCACACUCGAUCCCACAUUGCUAGAAUUAUUCAGGACCGAAUUCCAUAUAAAUUUCCUAUGGGGUGAGCGCGGGGCUUUGACGACACCGAAUCAGCGAUUCGCGCGACUCACAGAUAUUUUGACGGCUAUGGCAAAUAAGUUAGCCAACCAACCUCCAGAUUCCGAGGAAACAGUAUAAAUUAGAAGGUGUAUAAAUUAACACUCGUGAUCUUUAAUCAUAUCAUAGAAAUUUGGAUAUUUUUUUUGCUCUGAUGGAAAAACAAAAAUUUAUUGUGUUGAAAGCGAAAGACUGGAUUAUUUACUUAUAUAAUGACGUGGUAUACGUACUGUUCUUUUAUGUUAUUGUAUUCAUGUGUGUUUAUAUGUUAUGCUUGGUUUCAAUGAGAGGCUCAAAUCAAAAUAAAAAAUU